CCUCUUAAGCUCUUGUGGGAAAGACUCUCCAGAGAGGCCCUGAAUGGCAGAAAUUUAAAUGAGAGGAAAUAAUUACGGCACUAGGUGAUUAAUUGUAGUCAACUUAAAACCGCGCAGGCUCGUCUUUGGGGCCUCCCCUCUCGUCCCCUGCGUCUCCCAGCGCUUUUUCCCCGCCUCCCUCAGAGAACGCGAAGAAGAGAAGAAUCGCGAGAUACGGACGCGGGGCGUGGCCCCACCCUGACCAGUGGAAACAGAGGGCGUGGCACUGAGCCUUUCUUUUAUUGGCCCAGGGUCCCCAGGCCUGGUUUACCAGUGCUGAGGCGGAAGUCGCGCGGGCGCCGAAACGCGCGCUGAGCCUCGGGUCCUGCAGCAUCCAAGCCGCCGUCAUGGUGCGGAAGCUUAAGUUCCACGAGCAGAAGCUGCUGAAGCAGGUGGACUUCCUGAACUGGGAGGUCACCGAUCACAACUUGCACGAGCUGCGCGUGUUGCGGCGUUAUCGGCUGCAACGGCGCGAGGACUACACGCGCUACAACCAGCUGAGCCGUGCUGUGCGCGAGCUGGCGCGGCGCCUGCGGGACCUGCCGGAGCGCGACCCGUUUCGCGUGCGCUCCUCGGCCGCGCUGCUGGACAAACUGUAUGCUCUCGGCCUAAUCCCCACGCGCGGGUCGCUGGAGCUCUGCGAUUUCGUCACGGCCUCGUCCUUCUGCCGCCGCCGCCUGCCCACCGUGCUCCUUAAGCUGCGCAUGGCGCAGCACCUCCAGGCCGCCGUGGCAUUCGUGGAGCAGGGUCACGUGCGCGUGGGCCCCGACGUGGUCACCGACCCCGCCUUCCUUGUCACGCGCAGCAUGGAGGACUUCGUCACCUGGGUUGACUCGUCCAAGAUCAAGCGGCACGUGCUGGAGUACAAUGAGGAGCGUGACGACUUCGAUCUGGAAGCCUAGCGGGUCCUCCCUCGCCAGGACUGCAUUUUAUUGAUGGGGAAGCUGAGACCUGAUGCCUGAGAUUCUAUGAAGGCGCCCUCCCCAAGAGUGUGUCAGCCAAGAACUUGGCUCCUCAGCUACAGGCCCUCGCAGAGCCAAAGGGUACGCCCUUUUUCCACAAAAUUUUCUUAGCCUUUGGACAAUUGGUAAUUAAAUGACUGCCUUAAGAGACAAUGGGAAGCGGUUUUGCGCUGCCAUAGGGAAUUGUUACAUUCUUGUACCUGAAACAUUGUAGUGUGAAAGCAAUGACUUUGGGGGGAGGGGGGCUACCCCCGCCCCCAGCUUUCCUUUCAUUUCUUUGUAGCAGGACAGUUUAGUUUAUAUUUAACCCGAAUUCUUGCGCUUGUUCGUGACUAAGCUGUGUACAGAUGUUGGAGAGUUUGGUCUCAAGUUUUCAUAAAAUGGAUGAGAUUUUAGUGUUUAGAGUCCUUUCUCUUGUUUAAAGGAAUGCUCUCCUAAUGCCAAUAAAUGGUAUAACUGCUUUUUAA